AUGUUGGGCAGCCAGAAUGGGUGUCGGCGCGGGACCCUUUCGAAGGACGAAUGGGAGCAGAGUACCGGUUGUCGUGGUGCGGUACAGGCCGUCGGCCGAGAACCGGGUGAGAGUGAGAGGGAGAAAGAGUGGGAGAGGGAGAGGGAGAGGGAGGUCGUAGGGCGGCCGUGGCUACAGAUCCGUGUCGCUGAGUUCGGGGUCUUGGCUCGGGGAGUC